UAUCUCCCAUUUCUUCUUUGAAUGCCUUCGGAUUUGGAUGUUUUUGCCACUUCAGUCAUCGUGUCUUGGCAUUUUUAUAUCUUGCGUCUUAUAAUAUUUUGAUCUACGUUAUUAGUUAUAUCAUCACCAGUGAAGGAGACGAAGCUAAAUAAGAGAGAAAGAAGCUCAGAAAGAAGAUUUCCCCUUUGGGACGCAUUGAUGCAGUGAAUGUGCGUGCUACGCAUGGUAGUAAGUGGCUCCAAUAUUUCCACGUGUUUCUUAAAUCUCCGAGACUCUUCAAGAGAUAUGUGCUCGCCUAAUACUCGAGUUCAUAUGAAUUUGUGUCGUAUUAAAAAAAAAAAGAUCAACGAUUCGUUAAACAUGAGUCAUACGAAGUUCGAUAUUUUCGUGGGUACAACAUCUGGCAUCAUUAAAGGAUUGAAGAUCGGACGAGUAAAGAAAGAGAAUAAAAUAAAAAAUUUGCAGAAUGUAUCCCUUAUUACAGAAACUGAUAAAGUGACUAGGAUGGCAUGGGGCGACAAUGAACAAAAGAUUUUGGUCGCAUGCAGUGGUUACAAAGAUAACAAAGUAAAGAUCUUUGAUACAGAGAGUGCAGUACUCAAAGAUUGGUUUUCUUGUAACAUAGGCACAGGUGCUAUCAGUGGAGUAUCACAAUAUGGCAGUUCUAUUUUGACAUCGGCCAAAACCGGGGAGGUAUGCUUGUGGACUGAGGGAAAAGGAGAGCAAUUGAUAAAAACCGAACGUAAGUUGAACAGAAUGUGCCACUCGCGUGAGCACACCAACUUGAUAGCAACCGGGGGAGAAGAAAAUAAUAAGUUGAGAGUGUUCGAUCUAGAGAUGCAAAAACCGAUAUUCUCUGCAAAGGAUCUUCCACACGACUGGCUGUGCUUAUCCAGAAAUAUUUCAAUAUCAGAUAUUAAUUUCUUGCCAGGAAACCUAAUAGUCACAGUCGGUAAAAAUGGAAAUAUACAUCUGUAUGAUCCACGUCGCCAAAGACGUCCUACAAUUGAUAUGACGGUACGAGAUGAAGCUUGGACUUGCUUGGAUAUCACGCCGAAAGAAAAACACAUCAUAGUGGGCUCAACUAAAGGCAAGCUGAAUCUCGUCGAUUUAAGACAGCCAGGCACCAUGCUAAACACGUACAAAGGAUUUAUCGGUGGUGUAACCGGAGUAGCUUGUAGUAAAACAAAUCCAUACGUCGCCAGCGUCAGCCUCGACAGAUAUCUGCGGAUACACCAUAUCCAUACAAAAGAAUGUCUCAAAUCCAUUUAUUUAACAUCAAAAUUAUCGUCUUUAGUAAUGAAAUCAGAUAUCUGUAUAGAAAUAGGAUACGAAGAUGGUACAGAAAAUUAACCCUCAACUAUAGCAAUAGGUCAUUUAAAUCCGAAGCAAGCAGUUUUGUAUAAUCUAUACAAUCUGAACAAACGAUUGAUACUAAUUAUUGAUACGAUUGAUAUUCUAAAUUGUAAAAAAGCUUUGAAUCUUCCUUUGUCAAUCGCUAAAUAAAGCGAAGGUUCACUUGUUUACUUUAAAUAGGGUGCUUCAGAACUUAUAAGAAAUCCAUGGAAGGAAUGUUUUCCUCUGAUUUUAAUGAACUUGAAUAUGUUGUGUUCUAGAAAAAAAUAAGGAACAUAUUUUUUUUUAAACAGCCCAAUCGCAUUUUUACGAGA